AGCCACUGUUUUUGGGUGCUAUAAAAGCCACAGGCCCCAGAAGCUACCAGUUGCAGUCAAUUUUUGGAUUAACCAGCGCAACAUCUACCCAAGACAACACCCAACAAUCAUGAAGUACCUCGCCUUGACCCUGUUUGUGUGCCUGCUGGCCAUUGCUCUGGUGUCUGCAGUGCCCGUGGAUGAGUCCUUGAUCGGAGAUAACAUCUAUCAGCCGGCUUUCGAUGAUGUGCAGCGUCCCCAGGAUCCGCAGGCCAUCUUCAAGCUGAAGAAGCUGCUCAAGCUGAAGAAAUUGUUGGGUUAGAGGAACGGAUGUGUGCCAUAUACAUACCUAUAGUAUAUCAUUCAGCUCAGAUCAGCUCCGAAUCUAGUCCAUCCAAACCACAACAACACAACAACAACAACAACAGCAUCAAGCUGCUGCACUCAACAACGUUUAACCCGUUUUACUUAGAUAAUUCCAUAAUUCCAUACUAUCCAUACCAUACGACCAUGCAUA